CUGCGCAUGCGUGCCUUCCGGCCCGAGCGCUGUGGGGAUUGAUGUCUGGGUCUCUUCCCCAAGGCUGACGGGGACGCGAGCGCCGUUUUUCUCUCGUCGCCGCCUCCGCCCUGGCUCCCACUCUCUUCCCCGCUUGAGUGCGGCGGCCGGGCCAUGGAAGAAGGUGGUUCCCGCAUCCGCCGGCGGGUGUGUGUCCGCAAAAGGGACCGUCCGGGCCUCGGGUGCGUUCCUGUCACCGCCGCCGAGGCCGAGAAAGACGACGAGGAGAAAGACGAGGAGGAAAUGGUCGCUGCGAGCCGGCGGCGGAGAACCGCGGGCGUGCAAGAGGCAGAGGUACGACCCCGACGCGCCCCCGGCCUUUUAGCCGCCGUCGCGGCGGGGACGCGAACCCCGGCCACCUCCUGCUCCCCACGCCCGCCCACCUGGGACACCAGGCACGGAGGACUUGGGACAGCUCUCACGGAGCGGAUUGAGAAGGGUGCUCGUGUCUUCCCGCCCCGCGACAACACGCACGGCACCUUUGCUGACUUAAAAACUGAUAAGCACACAGAGAACCAGAGUGGGCGUGAAGAUGUCACUGUUGAAGCUGGCGCUGGUCUUUUGUAUGAUGUACCUUCUUCACAGGUUCUAUACUUUGAAAAUUUACAGAACUCUUCAGAUGAUUUGGGCGAUCAGUCUACUAAAGAGAGAGAUCGGAACUCACCCUAUCACAAGACGUUGAAUGAGGAAUCCCCCCAUAAUCUCAUAGAGCAACCCCGGCAAAAUGAUGAGUCGUCAUCUAAAGUCGGAACUAGUUCAGAUGUGAAUAGGAGAAAAAGUGUUAAGGAUCAUCUAAAAAGUGCCAUGACUGGAAAUGCCAAGGCCCAAACACCAGUAUUUUCUAGGAGCAAACAUCUGAAAGAGACUCUCCUAUCCGAAGAAAUGAGUGUUGCUAAGAAAACAAUCGAGUCGUCAUCACAUGACCUGGGUCCUUUUUAUUCUUUACCCAGCAAAGUGAGAGACCUUUAUUUUCAAUUCAAGGGAAUUGAAAAAUUAUAUGGUAAUGCUUUUUUGCUGGAAUGGAAAAAAAAAAUUUUCCCAUCGUUAUAAUAUUAGUGCAAAUCAACAGAAGCAAAUGCUUUCAUGGUCAUAUUUCUCAUCUUGAAAAUAAAUCCGAGUACCAGGUA